AUGUUGUGUAUUGCUCGUAUUGGGCGGUAUGCUGUAGUUCCGCGAAAGGUGACCGUUGCAGAGACUAGGAGGCUUUUCUCCUCAAGCAGGACGAAGAAUGCUGGGGGCGGCGUCACGAAGACGGACGGUUCUGGAGGUGGGACUAGUGAUAGUAGUGGUAAUAGUAGUAGUAGUGGUGCUGGGACCGAUACUGCUGCGAAAGGCUCUGCGAACUGUUCGGUCCGUGCGCCCCCGGCGAGGCCUCGUGCGGACAGGUCGGACAGGACUCGUGAAAUCGGCGGACAGGCGUCUGGGCAGUCGCCUGGGAAGUUGCCCAGUCUGGCCACAUUGGGAGGGAGUUCCGUGCGCUCCGUGAUAGUGCCAAGAGUGCAGCCCACGGAUCAUAUCGGUGCAGACACAAUACACACAGAGGGACUCUUCGCUGGCUAUAGACCUCUGUUCUUGGGGAACUCGUCACUGCCGUCGGGUUCUGGUGACUUUAACGGAUACACGGAACACCGCAUGGAUUCUUUUGAGUCCGAGGGGAAGCCAGUGAUUCCCUGGGAUGCGUCGAUCAGCGGCCUACUGUACAAGGAUAACGCAUUUGGGAAACUGUCCAAGGAUAUCGUUCACAGACUGAGACCGUUCAAGGUGGAUUCGGAGAAGCUGGGCGGACUCCCCGCGGCGGAAAAACCACAGCUCAUUGUCAUGAAGGUGCAUAAUACGAAGAUCAACGACGAGUCCGAGCUGGUGGACCUAUUCAACGUUAAACACACCAAAAAAUACAGGCAGCAUCACCACAACGAGCUGAGCAAACAGAAUUUGACCGUGCUGGAAAGACAAAAGAGGCUUACCACUGUGAAAAACUAUCAGAUCGCACUACAGAAGCUGGCAUUCAACUACAAAUUCAUCAGAGACGACCAGAUAGCGCUUAGAAACGUCAUCAAGAAAUUGAACAGACACUUCUCGCUGAAGUUUGAGGAAAUGUCGGGGCUCACGGUCCAGAACGAGUCCAGAGAAUCAUUUCUGCCCAUCUACAUCUACUUUCAAACGUCGAUCGUAUCAAAGCGGCUGUUUAAACGGUUUCUUAGAAACAAAAUAGAUUUCCACACGUCACCAUUGAUCUCGACAAUCUUUGCAAACUUGAAGGCGGACCAAGAGAAAGUCACUUUUGAAGGGGAAACAGGCCAGCUGUUGACAAAGAGAGUGAACUCACUUGCAGAGCAUAUCCCAUCUCUGGUUUUUGUAGAUAUCAUGAGAUCCACCGAGUGCCUAAUCCACCCAGGUCCAGUCCCAGGCUUCAAAAAGAUGUACUGGCUGAAUCAAAGGAAAAGACGCGCUACUUUUGGCCGCCACAAAAGGGACAAGGACUACGUGUUUAGUAUCUCUAGGGAUCAAGUAGUUUCCAGAAAUGGGAGCAGGUGCAUGAGUCAUCCGGUUAACAUAUACUGGAAGGACACUACCCAAGCGUUUAGGGAGUGGGAAUACUACAAUUGA